UUAUGUGCUUCGCCUUUGGAAAAAACCAUUUCGAAACUUGUCAUUGCAUAUUAACUGCAUCGGUUACAAUCAAAAAUACAUCGAGGGUUACAGAGAAAACUCUUUUCUCGGAGGAAAUUGUAUCGAUAUCAAGCCGAUAAAGAGAACAGCGAGUUUUCUAUUCCUAUUCAUUUUUAACAGCGCAAGCGCGCGAUUCGAGAAAACUUUUCGACGACUCGAUCAGUCGUCGACGAAACUAGCAUCAGUGGCUCUCUGACACUCGACAUUCCAUUAUGAAGACGGGAAACAUCGUGGAGACAUUCAACAACGCGAGUUACAAAAGCGAUCUAAGGUUCAACGUUCGACUGAACGUGUUGACUUUGAGAACGAUUGGAACCUGGCCAAGAUUUCUCGAUCAUUCUUGGCGGGAAACGAUGGAACACAUAUUCUUAAAUCUUCUCUGUUACGGUCUGCUUGGGUUCAUCUUGAUCCCUGGAUUCAUGUGCUUUGCCCUCGAGAUCACGGAUUUUUACAACCAGAUGAAACUCGGUAGCGCGCUCAGUUUCUUUCUAAUGGCGGUGAUGAAAUAUUGCGUGUUCAUUAUGCGCGAGGAUGACAUACGUAGAUGCGUGAAACUCAUCGAAGAUGACUGGAGAAACGUGAAACACAACGAGGAUCGUAAAAUUAUGUUGGAUAACGCGAGUUUCUGUCAACGACUUAUCAUAAUUUGUAGCGCUUUCAUGUACGGCGGCGUGGUCUUCUAUUACAUCGCAUUGCCACUCACUCGAGCAAAGAUUGUAGAAGAGGGUGGCAACUUGACAUACACGAGACUUGUUUACCCUUUUCCUAGGGUAAUCGCGGACGCCCGGUGCAGUCCCAUCAAUGAAAUUUUCUAUACGAUACAGUUAUUGUCUGGCUUUGUUGCUCAUGAUAUCACGGUUGCCGCUUGCGGUUUGGCUGCCCUUCUUGCGAUGCACGCGUGCGGUCAGUUACAGGUUUUGAUGUCUUGGCUGGAGAAAUUGGUAGACGGAAGAGAAAACGAUGACGAGAGUUUGGAUCAGAGGCUGGCCAAUAUCGUGGAACAACAUGUUCGGAUAAUCGACUUCAUAGCUUUGACCGAGGAUCUCCUGCGUGAGAUAUCGUUGGUAGAAGUCGUGGGUUGCACUAUAAAUAUAUGCUUCCUUGGGUAUUAUUCGAUGACGGAAUGGGACUCUAAUCAUCCUGUUAGAGGUUUUACGUACAUAAUAUUGCUGACAUCCGUCACGUUUAACAUUUUCAUAUUCUGUUACAUCGGUGAGGUCUUAGCAGAGCAGACGGUAAAAGUCGGCCAAAAAUCUUACAUGAUUGAUUGGCAUCGAAUGCCUUGGAAGAAAAGCCUCGUCGUUCCUUUGAUGAUUUCGAUGUCUCGUUCCACUACCAAAAUCACUGCUGGCAAUAUGGUCGAGCUUUCUAUCAGUAGUUUCGGUAAUGUCAUCAAGACUUCAUUCGCGUACUUGAACAUGCUACGAACACUCACUACCUACAUGCAAACGUCGAACAUAAACAAUAAAAAAUUCCGUAUAACGGACUACGAGUACGAAAAAAACGUGAAUUUAAGUAUCCAAUGGAAUCUUUGGUUAUUAAAAUCCAUAGGCCUUUGGCCAUAUUCAAAUUCCAUUUCAAGAAACCGACGAUACUUCUACUGGUUCAUAAAUAUCACUUGUUACAGUCUGAUCAGUUUUCUCUUUAUCCCCUGCGUCUUAUACGUUUUCCUCGAAAUAGAAGAUACUUAUGGUAAACUGAAACAAUUCGGCCCCCUGAUUUUCUGCGCGAUGGCGUUCGCGAAAUACUAUUCUUUGAUCGUCCACAAAGCUGACAUUCGUGAAUGCUUGGAACGAAUCAAAUGGGAUUGGAAGAACAUGACAAACAGAGAGGAUCGCGAAAUCAUGACAGUGAACGCGAGUUUCGGACGAAAAUUGGUGGUCGUCUGCACCUUAUUCAUGUACAGUGGCUUCGUAUUUUAUUAUAUCGCUAUACCUAUUAGCGUGGGCAAAGUAGCAGCAGAAAAUGAAAGUCUUACUUUCAUCCCACUGGUGUUCCCAUUUUCAAGGUUUAUCGUUGACACGCGUUAUAGUCCUACGAAUGAGAUCGUUUUUUCGAUUCAAUUGGUGGCUGGUUGUCUGAUGCAUAGUAUAACAUCAGCGGCUUGCAGUUUAGCGGCUGCUUUCGCGGUUCACGCUUGCGGUCAGAUGCAGGUGUUGAUGAAUUGGUUGAAGCAUCUCGUAGACGGUCGAUCGGAUAUGAGUGAACGUAUAGAUGGUAGAAUCGCUGACAUCGUGUGUCAACAUGUCCGAAUCCUAAAAUUUUUGACGCUCAUAGAAAAUACAAUACAGCAAAUUUCUUUCGCCGAGUUUUUAGGAUGUACACUAGAUAUAUGUUUCGUUGGAUAUUACGUAAUCAUGGAACUGAAAUCGAACGACGUCACGAGCGCCCUAACUUAUAUGAUUUUACUUAUAUCGAUUACAUUCAAUAUUUUCAUAUUUUGUUAUAUAGGCGAGAUCGUGACUGAGGAGUGUAGGAAAAUUGGCGAAACGUCGUACAUGAUUGAAUGGUAUCGAUUGCAAGGGAACAAGAAGCUUUGUUGCGUUUUGAUUAUCGCUAUGUCGAAUUGUACGAUAAAAUUGACGGCUGGGAACAUCGUAAACCUAACUAUCAACACGUUCGCUGAUGUUGUUAAAACGGCAGUCACUUUUUUAAACGUACUACGAAAAACGAUUUAAAUGGUUAUUUCUUAAUGUGAACAUAUUUUUUAUAAUCGUUGAUAUAUAUCCUUAAAAAAAAAAUCUUUACUGUUAUAUCACACGAUUUUCAGUGUGUUUUACAUGUUCGAUGUUACUUGUGGUUGUUGUUACUUGUCUUCAAUGUUAUACAUUUUUUGUACUGUUUAGGGUGAAUGAAAAUGCA